ACAAGUCUUUGGCACAAUGAAGUGGGUUACUUUUAUUUCCCUUCUCUUUCUCUUCAGCUCCGCUUAUUCCAGGGGUGUGUUUCGUCGAGAAGCACACAAGAGUGAGAUUGCUCAUCGGUUUAAAGACUUGGGAGAAGAAAAUUUCAAAGGCCUGGUGCUGGUUUCCUUUUCUCAGUAUCUCCAGAAGUGCCCAUUUGAAGAACACAUAAAAUUAGUGAAAGAAGUAACUGAAUUUGCAAAAACAUGUGUUGCUGAUGAGUCAGCUGAAAAUUGUGACAAAUCACUACAUCAACUUUUUGGAGAUAAAUUAUGUACAGUUGCAAGUCUUCGUGACACCUAUGGUGAAAUGGCUGACUGCUGUGCAAAACAAGAACCCGAGAGAAAUGAAUGCUUCCUGGCCCACAAAGAUGAUAACCCACCACUCCCUCCUUUCUCGAGACCAGACGCUGAUGAAUUGUGCUCCGAAUUUCAGGAAAAUGAAUCUAAGUUUUUGGGACAUUACUUAUAUGAAGUUGCCAGAAGACAUCCUUACUUUUAUGCCCCAGAACUGCUUUUCUAUGCUCAAAAGUACAAAGCCGCUCUUACAGAAUGCUGCCAAGCCGCUGAUAAAACUGCCUGCCUGACACCAAAGCUUGAUGCUGUGAAGGAAAAGGCAUUGGCUUCAGCUGCCAGACAGAGACUCAAGUGCGCCAGUCUGCAUAAAUUUGGAGAAAGAGCAUUCAAAGCAUGGGCAGUAGCUCACCUGAGCCAGAGAUUUCCCAAAGCUGACUUUGCAGAAGUUACCAAGUUAGUGACAGAUCUUGCCAAAGUCCACAAGGAAUGCUGCCAUGGUGACCUGCUUGAAUGUGCCGAUGACAGGGCGGAACUUGCCAAGUAUAUGUGUGAACAUCAAGAUUCAAUCUCCAGUAAACUGAAGGGAUGCUGUGAUAAGCCUGUACUGGAAAAAUCCCACUGUCUUUCUGAGGUGGAAAAAGACGACUUGCCUACUGACUUGGCCCCAAUAGCUCAUGAUUUUGUUGAGGAUAAGGAAGUUUGCAAAAACUAUGCUGAGGCAAAAGAUGUCUUCCUGGGCACGUUUUUGUAUGAAUAUUCAAGAAGGCACCCUAAUUACCCUGUCUUAUUGCUGCUGAGAGUUGCCAAGGCAUAUGAAGCCACAUUGGAGAAGUGCUGUGCCACUGCAGAUCCUCCUGCAUGUUAUGCCAAAGUGCUUGAUGAACUUCAGCCUCUUGUAAAUGAGGCUCAGAAUUUAGUCCAACAAAACUGUGAACUUUAUGAGAAGCUUGGAGAUUAUGGCUUCCAAAAUGCGCUCGCAGUUCGUUAUACCAGGAGAGCACCCCAAGUGUCAACUCCAACUCUCGUGGAGAUCUCAAGAAGCCUAGGAAAAGUGGGCAGCAAGUGUUGUAAGCUUUCUGAAUCUGACAGAGUGCCCUGUGCUGAAGAUUAUGUGUCCUUGGUCCUAAAUCGGUUGUGUGUGUUACAUGAAAAGACACCAGUGAGUGAAAAAGUCACCAAAUGCUGCACUGAAUCCUUGGUGAACAGGCGGCCAUGCUUUUCUGCUGUGCAACUUGAUGAAACAUAUGUUCCCAAAGACUUUAAUGCUGAAACAUUCACCUUCCAUGCAGAUGUGUGCACACUUCCUGAGAAGGAGAAACAAUUCAAGAAACAAUCUGCACUUGUUGAGCUGGUGAAACACAAGCCCAAGGCAACAGAAGAACAAAUGAAAACUGUUAUGGGGAAUUUUGCAGCUUUUCUAGAAAAGUGCUGCAAGGCUGAUGACAAAGAGGCCUGCUUUGCUGAGGAGGGUCCAAAACUUGUUGCUUCAAGUCAAGCUGCUUUAGCCUAA